AUGGCGGCGCCCAUCAAUCGAAUUGUGCAUAUAUUUCUCAGUGAAAUAUUGGUUGAAGGGCUGCACAACCUGACCUACAAGAAGGCGCAGGACAUCGCCAAAGAGCUGGGCGACAACAUUCGAAAGCUCAUCGUCAUAGUGGGCGAGCUGGCCACGUCACUGGAGAAAGUGUCGGACGUGCCACCGACCGACUGGAUGGGCGUCGGCGACACCAUCGCAGCCAAAACAGAGAAGCUCAACCUGGCCGAGAUUGCUCCCUUCUGGACAUACAUUCCAAAAAUGAAAGACUUCCGCUCCAUAAAGCUGCUCGGUGCCGGAGGAUUCGGUGCUGUCUACAAAGCGGCUUACAAGCCGACAAACCUGAUCUGCACGAUCAAGCUGGUGGCGUGCGACCGCUUCCAGAGGCACAAGCAGGCUUGUAUCGACAAGGUGGUUGCCUCCAUCAUCCGGAGCCCCUUCCUGGUCAAGUACUACGCCUGCUACUGCACACGCGACGCCUACGUGACCGUGAUGGAGUAUAUAUGCGGGGCAGAUCUCAUGCGAGUCGUGGACAAAGCGGUGUACUUGCCCACCGAGGAGUGUCGUAUCGUCAUGGCGCAACUCAUCCUCGCGCUGGAGCACAUGCACCUCAGGGGUCUGCUGCACCGAGACAUCAAGGUCUCCAACAUGUUGAUCAUCCCUGGCGGUAGAGUCAAGGUCAUCGACUUCGACACUAACAAGGUUUGCAUCGGCCACUCCGUCAGCGCCACCAGUAACACCCGCAAGCGGAAGCUGCUCAAGGUGGAGGACAUGGUGGACGUCGAGGCGCAGACGCAGAGGCCCCUGUACACCUUCUCCUCGGCCAGCUUCAAGAAGAUGAUCAACUUCGCCAAGAAGCAGGCCGGCCCCGUACAGCUCGAGGAGUCCUUCUUCAACACAAGCGGCGGCGAGUCCGAGGAACUGGACUACAAGAAAGCUUCAGACAUGGACGUCCACGCCGGCAUCAGCGCCUACAGCGGAACCGGAGCGUCAGCGGAUAAGUCGAUAACAGCUAAGGAACGAAUGGACGUCAUUCUAUUCCGAACCAAAAGCCUCGGGAAAUACUGGAGCUUUGGCGUCAACAUAGUGGAUGUCUACGGUGAGAACAACAGGAGAUUUAUCAUGGUCGAGAAAGUGAAAAGCGGCAGCCCCGCUGAGGUGUCGCACGUGCUCGAGGGUGACGUCAUCGUGGCCGUGAACGGGCAGGACAUCGGCGAGCUGCCCAUCGCCGAGGUGCGGCGACGGAUGCACGAGUCCUGCGGUGACCAGCUGGUGGUGACCGUGCUGUCGUCCAGUGCGUUCCGGCUGCUCGAGUCACGGCGUGACUGGGACCAGAUCCUCAAGGCGGCCGGCCAGGACACCCUGCAGCUGCGAGCCAUCAAGACAGCGUGCGGCGGCAGCGGUAACUACGGCUUCAAGACCUUCGAGGCCAAGGCGUGGAACGAGCAGAGGAAAGCGCUCGUGCACUGCCACGUCAUCCAGAAGGCGACGGACGUGCAGGUGACGACGCCCAACAAGCACAUGUACCCGGGCGACGUGCUGCUCAUGGUGGACGGCGUGCCCGUGGACACCAUGGACCAGUACGGCGUCAAAUCGGCUCUCGCGAAGGGCGCCAACGAGCUGAGCGUCACCAUGGCGCCCAUGUCGCCCCUGCGCCUCAGGAGGCCCUCGUACACGCGCCUGCACGAGACUGUCAUGUCGGACGCCCACGUCCCAGAGCCGUCGGCCAAGGCCAACAUCGACGCCGCGCAAGUGCCGCCUAAAUAAAGCUCACUACACUCCGGAUCCAAACUGCGCAUUUGUUAUCUUCCUGUAGAACAGCCUUUCUCCGUCAGUAACGAAACCGGACAGUAAGCGUUACUUCUUUCAUCGCAGGUCCACGAGAAGGCUCUUCCUUCAACUUUAGGUAACCAUAGUUUAAAUGCUUUGUUUAUUAAAAACCUUUCCUC